AUGUCUUUCAACAACAGCUACGGCGACCAAUUCCAAGGCCAGCCCCAGGGCGACAUGAACAACCAGACCCCGCAGCCCGGCGACAUGGGUCAGCCCAUGGACGCUUCCGGCAACGGCUUCCCACCCCAGGGCAACAUGGGCCCGCCAGGCAGCGCUGGUGGUGACGGCCAAGGCCAGGGUGCGGGCAAGACGACUCUCUGGAUGGGUGAACUCGAGCCCUGGAUCGACGAGAACUUCGUGCGCAGCAUCUGGUACAACAUGGGCGAGACUGUCAACGUCAAGAUGAUCCGCGACAAGUUCUCCGGCAAUGCUGGAUAUUGCUUCGUCGACUUCGCGAGCCCUGAUGCUGCGUCCAAGGCCCUUAGCCUCAACGGCCAACUCAUCCCCAACUCCAACCGCCCGUUCAAGCUGAACUGGGCCUCUGGCGGUGGUCUUGCUGACAGGAGCCGCGAUGAGCGUGGUCCCGAAUUCAGCAUCUUCGUCGGAGACUUGGGCCCCGAGGUCACCGAGUUCGUCCUCGUACAACUCUUCCAGAACAAGUACCAGUCCACCAAGUCCGCCAAGAUCAUGUCCGACCCUAUCAGUGGUAUGUCGCGCGGCUACGGUUUUGUCCGGUUCGCUAGCGAGGAGGACCAGCAAAAGGCCCUCACUGAGAUGCAAGGCGUCUACUGCGGCAACCGCCCCAUGCGUAUCUCCACCGCCACACCCAAGAACAAGAGCGGUGGUCCCGGAGGUCCCGGCGGAAUGGGCGGCAUGCCUCAAGGCGGCGGCGGCCCCGGCAUGGGCAUGUACUCUAUGGGCGCUCCUCCCAUGGGUGGCUACUACGGUGCGCCCCAGCCGAUGAACCAGUUUACUGACCCGAACAACACCACUGUCUUCGUCGGCGGUCUGUCCGGCUACGUCACUGAGGACGAGCUCCGCUCCUUCUUCCAGGGCUUUGGCGAGAUUACAUACGUUAAGAUUCCCCCAGGCAAGGGCUGCGGCUUCGUCCAGUUCGUUCAGCGUCACGCAGCCGAGAUGGCCAUCAACCAGAUGCAAGGCUACCCCAUCGGUAACUCUCGCGUCCGUCUUAGCUGGGGUAGGUCCCAGAACAACUCCGGUCCAGCCGGCACCCCUUACCGCCCUGCACCACCUCCACCAGUUCCCUUCGGCCCAGGCAUGGGUAUGCCCCCGCAACACCCCUACGGCGGUGGCGGUGGCUACGGCCCGAUGAUGAAGGCUGGCCAGCCUUCCCCUUACCCGCCGUCGAUGAACGCAAGCCUCGGUGGUCAGCGACCCGGCAGCCAGAACGCUCCUACAGGCAACCCUGCCGGCCAGAACGGCACUCCCACGUUCAACAACUACCGUUUCACCCCCACUCAGCCCAACGGCCCCAACAGCCCCGGCUUCGGCUCGCCCGACUUUGGCGGUGCCUUCUCGCAGCAAUUCCCUCCACCGCAGUAA